GCGGCAGAACCCAUCGAGUUCGUCCUGUUCGACUGCGCCUUCGCCCUAAUAUUAAUCUGAGAACGCGGGAGUACGAGGCGUACAGGCGUCGGCGGCGGCACCAGCGGCGGCGCGGAUGACGGCGGCAGCCCCGGUCGUGAGGCUGCGGUACUUCCCGUACUCGACGGUGGGCAGGCGGGCGUCGGAGAAGCUGGUGUGCGCGAUCUGCCUGGACGUGUUCCAGCAUGGGGAUAUGUGCGGCGAGGUGCCGGCGUGCCGCCACUUCUUCCACACGGCGUGCGUCGACCUGUGGAAGAAGAGCAGUGUCACCUGCCCGCUGUGCAGAGGCUACAUGGCGACACAACAAUCAUCGGAGCGAGUGUCGGCCGCCGAUGACAUGGUUUAGCCGUGACGAUCGAGCCCUAGACAAGCUAGCUAGGUGGUUUUCUGAGUUACG